AUGAGCACUGAGAGACCUUACAACUUAAUCAAACACCCAGGGCAGACAAGCAUUCCAUCCCUUGAAAACAUAAGCAAUUUUUCAUUAAAUAUCACUGACUGCACCCAGGUUGUGGUGCCAGAGGAAGUCUUUUUCACUGUUGCUGCCGCUGGGAUACUGGAAAAUCUACUUAUCCUCAUUGCUGUUGUGAGAAAUAAGAAUUUACACUUGCCCAUGUACUUCUUCAUUUGCAGUUUAGCCAUUUCAGACAUGUUAGGUAGCUUGUACAAAACUCUGGAGAACAUCUUUAUCAUCUUGUGCAAAAUGGGAUACCUGACACGUCACGGAGACUUCGAGAAAAAACUGGAUGAUGCCAUGGACUCCAUGUUCAUUCUGUCUCUGCUGGGGUCUAUUUUCAGCCUGCUGGCCAUAGCAGCAGACAGGUACAUCACUAUCUUCUACGCUCUGCGGUACCACAAUAUCAUGACACUGAGGAGGGCCUUGGCUAUCCUGGCCAUCAUCUGGGCGUUCUGUGCCGGCAGCAGCGUAGCCAUCGCGCUCUUCUCCUAUGAAGCAGCGACAGUCAUUCCCUUCACCAUCCUCUUCCCUUUGAUGAUGUUUUUCAUACUCUGCCUCUACAUCCACAUGUUCCUCCUGGCUCGAUCUCACGCCAAAAAGAUCGCCUCACUGCCCAGCAGCACCGUCCAUCACAGAACUAACAUGAAAGGCGCCAUCACGCUGACUAUUUUCCUUGGAGUUUUCCUUUGCUGUUGGGCCCCCUUUGUUCUUCACAUCCUCUUAGCAAGGUUUUGCCCACACAACCCUUACUGUGCCUGCUACAUGUCCAUUUUCCAUGUGAAUGGGACACUCAUCAUGUGCAAUGCAAUCAUCAACCCUAUGAUUUUUGCAUUCCGAAGCCCAGAGUUGCGGAGUACAUUUAAGAAGAUGUUCUAUUGUCCCAGGUCAAGCUGCAACUGGUGAACACUUCAUCAAAAAUGAAAAUUCUAGAAGCAUUUAUGGGGUGCUGUGCAACAUCAGUGUGAAGAGUUAAAAAUACCAACAAU